AUGGGUGAGGAGGAGACAAUGCAGCAGCCAGCUGCGAUGGACGGACCGCCAAAUGCAGACACCGCUGGAGCGGAAUCCAAGACCAUCCCAAAAUCAGGCCGCGAAAGGGUUGCCGAGGACGGCAGCCUCACCGUCUACUCGAAGCGAAGCGAGCGAAUCCGUAGGAAGAAGCGUCGCAGCAAGCCUUCGGGCGAGGAUCGCAGCUUUCUUGACCUCCCCUUCGACAUAUUGAUCCAUGUUCUCGGCUUCAUCCGACCCAGUGACGUCUUCCGGCUCUCUCGCACAUGCCAUGCGCUCAACACAUUUCUCCUCCAAGAGCAUCCUGCAUUAUUAGCGCGUACCAUCAUCCAGAGGCGCUACUCCUGCUUGGAGAAAUGCAUACGUCUGCCAGCUCUGCUCUCCGACAUCAGAGACCCGGACCUUCGAGACCUGGUGCAGCACCCAGAGAGGCAGAAGAAGCUCGAGAUCCACAGGCGGCCCUACUAUCAGCAUGUCUCGCCGCCUAACCCGUCACUGGUGUGUACCUGCAUGACAUGCAUCCUGCGGUGGAACCUCCUCUGCCUCGCUGUCGACUUCGCCCACUGGCAAGACAACCUGGACAAGGGCGACCCACUCCCCAUCAUCCCGCGGGGCAAGCAGCCAAGGUGGAACAGCCAACUCUUGAGCUCGCAUGAAGCUGUCGUACUGAAGGCUGUCAAUCCCGCUGUCAAUGGCUGUGCGUCACCCUUAUGGUACGCCGCUAUCCUCGAAGCCCAUCUCGCGUCGACCGUGAGAGCUAUAUCGAGGCACAGUGCCAACAAGGGCAAUAAGCGGCCCCGGUUCCGGAUGACGCUUCAGGACAUGGCGAGUGGGACCGACACUUUCCUGGAGAGGAGCGGGCCGCCGUCGUCGGACUUCCCUUUCCAUAGGGACAACUACUACAUGCUCGAGGCUUACCUUCCGAAUCGAUGCUGGCUGAAGGAGAAAGGCAGGUGGGGUUAUAUGCCUGCCGAACAGCACGACACAGAUUUAGAGCAGAUCAGGAGGUGGGCUUCGUGGUGGACAAAGCCGGCGUCGGCAGAUCGGGUCGUGGUCGUGGGUGACUUGGGUUUGCCGCGUUCCGAGGGCGACAAUCAGUGA